GGAGAGAGUUCGUGCACCAUAUUCCAUCGAGGAGAGAGCUACAGUAGUAGUUCGAUGACUGCGGAGACAGCGAUUUUGGCAACAUGGAUGACGUUGUGGGGAUUAUUAUUACUAACGGAUUUUAAUUGGGAACUACCGGUAAAAUGGCAGAGCGGUUGGAGUGGGUGGAGAUCAUAGAGCCGCGCACGCGGGAACGCAUGUAUGCCAAUCUGCUCACCGGAGAGUGUGUGUGGGACCCCCCUCAAGGGGUACGUAUUAAGAGGACAGGGGACAACCAGUGGUGGGAGCUGUUUGACCCCAACACCUCCCGCUUCUACUACUACAAUGCUUCCACGCAACGCACCGUCUGGCACCGCCCUCAGGCCUGUGACAUCAUCCCCCUCGCCAAGCUACAGACGCUGAAGCAGCACACGGAUGUUCCCUGCCCGGGAGGGGGAGGGACAGGGGGAGAAAGAGGGGGGAGGACGUCAACUGAUAACAGCCCGGGAAGGAGCAGUGCGGUCAGUAGAGAGGGGAGCACCUCAUCUUCACUGGACCAGGAACUGACCGCAUCAGAGAAACAGGGGAACAGAGAGGAGGCAGACAGAACCUCUCCGUUCAGAUGGAACACAGGUACCAAGGAGAGGAUGCUGAUCAAGGUGACAGACAGAGAACCCAGCUUCCUCUCUCACCAGGGGAACGGUUACUCCCCCUGCGACCCCCCUACCCUCACCCCCGCACCUGGCACCGGCACCUCCUCCCGUACCCGCCGUUCCUCCGGAGGCUCCGCCACCCCUGACACCGGCCCCGACGGCUCUCCAAUCCUCUACGUCGACCGCCGCCAGUCGCCCUUCCUGAAACGUGCGGAGCUAGGGGGCGGAGGUACCGGGACACACCGUCGCCCCUCGGCCGACUCACAGCCCCCCUCCCCCCGCUACGCCUACGAACCACCCCUCUACGAGGAGCCCCCCUCGGAGUACCAGCCCCCGCCCAUCUACGAGGAACCGCCCACAGACGUGAUGCACCACCUGGGCUCUGACUCCUCCUUGCUGUAUGGCACAGGGAAGUCCCCGGCCCGGGGAAAGCCCUCCUCGGCGACGCCCCUCUAUCACUCUCCCAAACAGAGCCACUCCCCCUACGGCCAGCUGGUGCUGACCAGACAGAAGUGUCCAGAGAAGACCCAGAGUCUGGAGUACAGCCCUGCUGGCAAGGAGUAUGUCAAACAGCUGGUCUACGUGGAACAGUCCUCCUCCAGCCCACGUUCUAAGACAGCCGACCGGCUCCUUCACUACGGGACCUCCACGGCCACCCCAUCCUCCAUGGGGGGGUAUGGGGGCUCCUACGGAGGAUCCUACACCCUCCAACACAGCCAGAGUCUGAUACGGGACCCCCGGCUGCUGCUGGACUACGGGAGCGAGGAGGGGGGCGAGGGCGGAGGCCAGAGGUUGCUCUACGAGGACUCUAUGUCCUGGAGCUCCAGUCAGCACCACUCCCUCUCCCUCUCUGGGUCUACAGGUGGAGGGGGCUUCUCGCCCGGGGGGAACCGCAAACGCAAGACCCGGAAACCCUCCCUGCCCCAGGAGCUGGGAAGGUGUGGAGGGGGUGGUGGUGUUGGGGCGGACUGGGAGGAGGGGCCGAUGUCAGGGACCCUGUCAGAGGCAGUGUUGAACCAGGCCAGGCUGGCAUGGGAGGCCCAGCAAGUGAUGAAACAGAGGAGCAGUUGGGAAUCAGCCCCGGGGGAAGGGGGCUCGGCCAGGGGCUCUAACCAGGGAGGAGGGUCUAAAGACGGGUACGAGAGUGAUGGGGCGGUGCCCCUGCCCCUGCCAGGCCCAGUGGUGAGGGCGUUUAGCGAGGACGAGGCGUUGGCACAGAGCGACGGGCACCACGGGCAUUACCACUGGAAACGCAGCACCUUCGACAGACUGGGCUUCCCUCAGGCACUGCUGGAGAAGAGCCUGUCUGUACAGACCAACCUGGCCUCGCCUGAACCCUUCCUACACCCCUCACAGUCGGAGGAUCUUGGAGCGUGUGCUCAGUUCGAGGCGAGUCGGAAUGCUCGGAACAUGAUGCCCAGCGCCAGCUGUGGAGUGUUCCCAGAAUUCACCUUGAGGAAGCCGUCCUCCGAGACCGACAUUGAGAACUGGGCCUCCAAACACUUUAACAAACACACACAGGGUCUGUUCCGGCGCAAGGUGUCCAUAGCCAACAUGCUGGCGUGGAGCAGUGAGCCAAUCAAAAAGCCCAUGAUCGUGACGUCAGACCGUGCGGUGAAGAGAGAGGCGGUGGAGAUCUUUAAACUCAUCCAGACCUACAUGGGAGACCGCCGGGCCAAGACUGACCCGCUCACUGUCGCCCUGGAGACUGGCCCCCUGAACAUCGCCCUAGAGGUGGCAGUGCGUGGUUGGAGCAGCCAGGGUCUUCGUGAUGAACUCUACAUUCAGCUGUGUCGUCAGACAACAGAGAACUUCCGCUACGAUAGUCUGGAGAGGGGCUGGGAGCUCAUGGCUGUGUGUCUGGCCUUCUUCCCGCCUACACCUCGCUUCCACUCCUACCUGGAGGGAUACAUCUACAGACACAUGGACCCCCUUAACGAUACUAAAGGAGUGGCGAUCAGCGGCUAUGCCAAAUACUGUUACCGUAAACUGCAGAAGGCUGCUCUGACCGGAGCGAAGAAGGGGUUGCAGAAGCCGUGUCUGGAGGAGAUUAAACACGCCAGGAACGCCAUCUUCAGCCCCUCCAUGUUUGGCUCUUCCCUGGAGGAAGUGAUGUCACUGCAGAAGGAGCGUUACCCCGACAGCCAGCUGCCCUGGGUCCAGACACGCCUCUCUGAGGAGGUCCUGGGUCUUAAUGGAGACCAAAUAGAGGGCAUCUUCAGGGUUCCAGGUGACAUAGAUGAGGUCAACGCUCUCAAACUGCAAGUGGACCAAUGGAAGAUCCCCACGGACCUGGAGGACCCACACAUCCCAGCCUCUCUGUUGAAGUUGUGGUACAGGGAGUUGGAGGAGCCGUUGAUUCCUCAUGAGUUCUAUGAGGAGUGUAUCACUCACUAUGAUGACCCUGAGGCUGCAGUCAACGUAGUGAUGGGUCUUCCUCACAUCAACAAACUGGUGCUCUGCUACCUCAUACGCUUUCUACAGGUGUUUGGCCAGCCUGCCAACGUGGUGAUCACUAAGAUGGAUGUGAACAACCUGGCCAUGGUGAUGGCCCCUAACUGCCUGCGUUGCCAGUCAGACGACCCACGCAUCAUCUUUGAGAACACACGCAAAGAGAUGUCCUUCAUCCGCGUGCUCAUCCAGCGCCUCGACACUAGCUUCAUGGACAGAUUGCUAUAGCCCCCCAAACCCUGCUCCAUCACCCCAGGCCAACGACACAGGACCCCCAUUGCCCUGCUAUAGCCCCCAAACCCUGCUCCUGUACCCCAGCCAAUGACACAGGACCCCCACCUCCCUGCUAUAGCCCCCCAAACCCUGCCUCUGCACCCCAGGCCAACGACACGGGACCCCAACCUCCCUGCUAUAGCCCCCAAACCCUGCCUCUGCAACCCAGGCCAACGACAUAGGAUCCCAACCUCCCUGCUAUAGCCCCCAAAAUCCAACUCCUGUACCCCAGGCCAACGAUACAGGACCCCCACCUCCCUGCUAUAGCCCCCAAACCCUGCUCCUGUACCCCAGGGCAAUGACACGGGACCACCUCCUUCCCCCUCCCUGUUAUAGCCCCCAAACCCUGCUCCUGUACCCCAGACCAACAUCAUCGGACCCCAAUCCCCUUCCCUGCUAUAGCCCCCAACUUUUAACUUCUCAACCAGAAACAACCACACAGGAUGCCCCCAACUCGACUGUACCCUUAAAUCUCCCAAGGCCCCACCGGCCCCCAGACCCUGCUAUAGCCCCCAACAAUAACUGUACCCCCGACCAACUAGUUGGGACAUCCCCCAACUCCAACUACUGCCCACUAAACCCAGGUAAAACUCCAACUUCAACUACUGCCCAUUAAACCCAGCUGUAACCUCCCAACUUCAACUACUGCCCAGCUAUAACCUCCCAACUUCAACUACAGCCCACUAAACCCAGCUGUAACCUCCCAACUUCAACUACUGCCCGCUAAACCCAGCUAUAACCUCCCAACUUCAACUACUGCCCACUAAACCCAGCUGUAACCUCCCAACUUCAACUACUGCCCACUAAACCCAGCUAUAACCUCCCAACUUCAACUACUGCCCACUAAACCCAGCUGUAACCCCCAACUUCAACUACUGCCCACUAAACCCAGCUAUAACCUCCCAACUUCAACUACUGCCCACUAAACCCAGCUGUAACCUCCCAACUUCAACUACUGCCCACUAAACCCAGCUAUAACCUCCCAACUUCAACUACUGCCCACUAAACCCAGCUGUAACCUCCCAACUUCAACUACUGCCCACUAAACCCAGCUAUAACCUCCCAACUUCAACUACUGCCCGCUAAACCCAGCUAUAACCUCCCAACUUCAACUACUGCCCACUAAACCCAGCUGUAAC